ACAGCAGCCCAUUCUCCCAGAAAAAAAAACCUUCACCAUGGCCUAUAAAGCAGCACAUUUGGCCUUUAAGUCGCGCUGGCACAAGACAGACGAGGAGCUGUGUCGGCACAGCAUGUCCUUUGUGCUGCACAAGGCGAUCCAGAACGACUUCUUCAAGUGCUACCUCUACCUGCUGGAAAAGCUCCCCCUGGUGAAGCUUUACGCCCUGACAAGCCAAGUGAUCAACGGGGAGAUGCAGUUCUACGCCAGGGCCAAGCACUUCUACCGCGAGGUGCCCGCCACGGAGGAGGGGAUGAUGGGCGACUACAUCGAGCUCUCCAACACCGACGUGGAAUCCUCCCGGGAAUUCCUCAGGAAGUUUGUUGGGGGGGUGGGGAAAGCUGGCACCAGCCGUGCCCUGGACUGUGGCUCUGGGAUAGGUCGGAUCAGCAAGCACGUCCUGCUGCCCGUUUUCAAGAGUGUGGAGCUGGUGGACAUGAUGGAGAAUUUCCUGGCUGAGGUCCCAAACUACCUGCAGGGCAAGGAGGACAGAGUAGAGAUGUAUUACUGCAAAAGCCUCCAGGAAUUCACACCUGCCCCACGAAGAUACGACGUCAUCUGGAUUCAGUGGGUUUCAGGAUAUCUGACAGACAAAGACCUCCUGGAGUUCCUCAUCCGCUGCCAGGGUGGCUUGAAGGACAACGGGGUGAUCAUUCUGAAGGACAAUGUGGCCAGGGAGGGCUGCACCCUGGACUGCCUGGACAGCAGCGUCAUCCGCGACCUCAACAUCCUGCACAGCCUCAUCGAGAUGAGCGGACUCACCAUCCUCAGGGAGGAGAGGCAGGAGGGCUUCCCUGAGCAGUGUGUCCCUGUCUGGAUGCUGGCCAUGCAGAAGGGCCCUGGCCACUCCUGACUGCCCUGGGACACUCCAGGGACUGGGAUAUGGAUGAACUGGGAAGGAGAAAAGCACCUCCUGGGAUCCUCCUACCCAUGCACUGCUCCAGGGCAGCAGCUUCUAAAGGGUCAGGAGAGAGCCACAAAGCUUCACCCAGGAACAGUCUGCUCCUAAAUCCUACCUGCUCCAUCAUGCUGCUCCUAAAUCCUACCUACUCCACCAUUCUUCCCAUUUUUAAAAGCUUUCCUGACCUCCUUGUCAGACCUCUGUUCCGUUAACGAGUCAACACUAUACAAAACUCAUCCAAUAGAAAAAAUUAGGUCUGAAAUUUCUGUUGUAGUUAAUAAUUUUGGGGUGUUGUCUAUGAGGUGUU